AGAGAAGGAAAACAAUUAAGCAAAGGUAGAAAGGAGAGUAUUAAUGGUGAAGAUUGUGUGGUGGCAGAGAGGCAGAUGCAAAUAUUCAAGUAGGUUUGAACUGUGAGAAAGCAAAUUAAGUAAGGUGCAAUAAAAGAAGGUGCGUGGGAGUGGGGAUUGUUGAGAAGAUGGGUAGAUGUUGUUGCUGCUGCUGCUGCUUCUCUCAAUCAUCAUCAUCAUUACUCUGAAAUUCAUUUAGGGUUUUGUCCUCAGUAUAUUAAAUUUUCUUUCACCAACCUUUCUUUCUCAGCAUUUAUGCAUUGUUUGAGUGUGUGAAAAGAAAAGGAUGUUUCAGUAAAGGUCAUUUUCUGAGUUUCCUUUUCUCUUUGCUUAAGAGAAGGUCACUGUAUUUUUUUCUAGUAAUGGUGGUGUAGUUUUUAAUUUUCUCUUUCAUUCCUUUCCUUUUUUUCCCCACUCAUACAAACUUUUGUUCUUUUCAUUUCCUUUGUGCACUGAAUGAAAUGGACACUGUUGGAAGGAAGAGAGAAGUUCUUCUUCCUCUUCUAUUAGUACAACUCUUGUUUUGGUCUUUCUUCUUUUUGUGCCAAACAUCUAAAGCAGAAGCUGCCAAAAUUCCAAGUAAUUUGAACUACACAAAGUAUAGACAAGUUAGCAACUUAAGACUUGAAAGAAUUGAAAGACACUUGGACAAGAUUAACAAGCCUUCUGUCUUCACCAUUGAGAGCCCAGAUGGAGAUAUCAUAGAUUGUGUUCAUAAAAGAAAACAACCAGCUUUAGAUCAUCCUCUUCUCAAGAAUCACAAGAUUCAGAAGGUUCCACCCGAGAUUCCAAAAUUGAAGAUGGUAAAAACAGAAGCCGUGAGAGAUGUAAGUAACAGUAGCAAAAGUGAUGAAAGAUUGAGUGCAGUAAAUUGGCAGCUAUGGCACAAAAAUGGGCAGCGCUGCCCUAAAGGAACGGUUCCGAUACGGCGGAGCAAAGUGCAUGAUGUGCUCAGAGCAAAGUCUUUGUAUGAUUUUGGCAAGAAAAAACGCCAUGGAUUACCUCUUGCUCGUCGUGUUGAUGCUCCUGAUGUUGUCAGUGGCAAUGGCCAUGAGCACGCAAUAGCAUACACGGGAACCUCGCAAGAAAUAUAUGGGGCAAAAGCAACAAUAAACGUAUGGGACCCAUCAAUCGAGGUGGUCAACGAGUUCAGUCUCUCUCAGAUUUGGGUUCUAUCUGGAUCUUUUGACGGCUCUGAUCUUAACAGCAUCGAAGCUGGUUGGCAGGUUAGUCCGGAGCUGUAUGGUGACAGCAGACCUAGAUUGUUUACAUAUUGGACGAGUGAUGCCUAUCAAGCAACAGGAUGCUACAAUCUACUAUGUGCAGGAUUUGUGCAAACAAAUAGUAGAAUUGCCAUUGGAGCUGCCAUUUCUCCAGUUUCUUCUGUGGAAGGAAAUCAGUAUGAUGUCACCAUUCUCAUUUGGAAGGAUCCAAAGCUAGGAAAUUGGUGGAUGGUGUUUGGUGAUAACACGUUAGUGGGCUAUUGGCCGGCCGAGUUAUUUACUCAUUUAGCAGAUCGGGCGACAAUGGUGGAGUGGGGAGGAGAAGUUGUAAAUUCACGGGCCAAUGGAGAACACACGUCCACUCAAAUGGGCUCUGGCCAUUUUGCUGAAGAUGGGUUUAGAAAAGCAAGUUAUUUCAGAAAUCUUGAGAUUGUAGAUUCUGACAAUAGCCUCAGCUCGGCCCAAGAUAUAUCAAUCUUAGCUGAGAACACAAAUUGCUAUGACAUUAAAAGUGAUUACAACAAUGAAUGGGGUACCCAUUUCUAUUAUGGUGGGCCUGGUAAAAACCCACAGUGCACGUGAAAUGGGCCGAGUGUCUUUGAUGAGGCAAAGUCUCUAUCAGCAAUUUGUUUUUUGUUUUUUUUUUUUGUUUUUUUAGAGAUUUAAAAGGAAAGGGCUUGUUAUUUCCUACUUUGUUUAUGCUAAUUCCACAUUGUUUUUGUUCUUGUUUCCAUGUUUUGAGAGGAAAAGAAAUGUAUGUAUUAAUUAAAUAAGACAAAUAGCAUUAAACAGGUAAGGAAAUAGCAAAUAUUCGGUUGGAAUGGCUACUAGUACAAAAUUUAUUAUCGUGGUUUUGAAUCUUA